UCUCAUUUUCCUACUUCUAAGUCACAUUCUUCAUCACUCCUCUCUCCCGCCAAACAUACAGACUUUUCUCAUCAACCAAACACUUUUCCUCUCUUCUUUUUUUUUUUCAUCCAAAACUACAUUUCAAUUCAUAUUGGUUUAACCCUGACUUAAGGGAGAUCUUUUAAGGCAUGGAUUUUGUAGAUUCAAAGAGGAAGAACAACUUUUCUGUCAGGAUCUUUUUGGCUGCUUUCCUUAUUAGUCUUUCAAUUUUCUGGUUCAAGCAGUCACCAAUUUUUAGUUCUCCCAACUUGUUCUCUAAACCAGAAGCUGGAGUAACACAUGUGCUGGUAACUGGUGGAGCUGGCUAUAUAGGUUCUCAUGCUUCACUAAGGCUGUUAAAGGACUCAUACCGUGUAACCAUAGUGGACAAUUUAUCUAGAGGCAACUUGGGUGCUGUUAAGGUUCUUAAAGAGCUAUUUCCAGAGCCAGGAAGGCUUCAGUUUAUUUAUGCUGACUUGGGGGACAAACAAGCUGUCAAUAAAAUUUUCAGAGAAAAUGCAUUUGAUGCAGUGAUGCAUUUUGCAGCAGUUGCUUAUGUUGGAGAAAGUACACUUCAGCCUCUUAGAUAUUAUCACAAUAUCACAUCAAACACUCUUCUGGUUUUGGAGGCCAUGGCAGCUCACAAGGUGAAGACUUUGAUCUACUCUAGUACAUGUGCAACAUAUGGAGAACCGGAAAAGAUGCCGAUUACUGAAGAAACCGAGCAAGUGCCAAUUAAUCCAUACGGAAAAGCCAAGAAAAUGGCUGAAGAUAUCAUACUGGACUUCUCCAAAAACUCAGAUAUGGCUAUCAUGAUCUUACGGUAUUUCAAUGUGAUUGGAUCGGACCCAGAGGGAAGACUGGGAGAAGCUCCUAGACCUGAACUACGCGAACAAGGUCGGAUAUCUGGUGCUUGCUUUGAUGCUGCUAGAGGGAUUAUUCCUGGACUGAAGGUGAAAGGUACAGACUAUAAAACUGCUGAUGGUACCUGUGUAAGGGACUACAUAGACGUCACUGAUCUGGUUGAUGCUCAUGUGAAGGCUCUUGCCAAUGCAAAACCUGGGAAAGUUGGCAUCUAUAAUGUUGGCACUGGAAAAGGUAGAUCAGUAAGGGAGUUUGUGGAAGCAUGUAAGAAGGCAACAGGGGUGGACAUAAAGGUCGAAUACCUUGACCGAAGGCCAGGGGACUAUGCUGAAGUUUACAGUGAUCCUUCCAAGAUAGCACGAGAGUUGAAUUGGACUGCCAUGUAUACAAACCUUCAAAAGAGCUUAGAGAUUGCCUGGAAAUGGCAAAGCUCACAUCUCAAUGGUUAUGGCUUUCAAAACCCGUGAAGUUUGACAUUUUUCACUCAUGAUAGCAAGUCAGGCUGGAGUAGAAUCCCCAGUAGGCCAUUGGAGAGGGUUCUUAAUAUUCAUUGGUGGGAGUCCUUCCUCGUUUGUUGAUAAGGAGCUUAUAAAAGUAGGUCAUGAUAUUUUGCUGCAGCUCCCAGUCGAAAAAAUAAAGAUAAAACAGAGAAAAAGAAAUCAUUGCCUAGAUUAUAUAAUUAUAGAAACAUUUGAUACUUAGACUACACGUGUAUACAAAUUUCUGUUUUGUAAAUUGAGAUUUAUGUUACUCUA